AUGCUUGAAGAAUUGGGCCGUGCAUUGCCUAGGUUUCGCAGAUAUGAACAGGAACUCCCAGCCACUACAGAAUUGAAAGACGCUCUUUUGGCCACCUAUACUGAGAUUAUCGUGUUCUGCGCACAUUCGAUCACAUUCUUCAGGAACAAUCCAAACCUCGCUCCUAAUCGAAACGCCUGGUUACAUUUCAGCAGCGAUUUUCCGAAGGUCAUUUCGAAUAUUCGUCGUUACUCCAGGGCGGUGGAUGAAACAGCUGAUAUGAUACGCCUUACAAGGGAGGCCCAUACGGCUGACACAAUCGAGGCAAUCGAAGGGCUGAAAGGAUCCCAGUCUCAGACAAUGAAUCUCCCGUGUCACAUGAUACCGUACGGCCUUAACCUCAGAUUCUUUGGAAGAUCGCCCGAGAAAGAGGCUCUGAAAAGAGCUCUUCAACCAGAGAUGGACAGUGAGCAUUUGAAGGUAGUCGCAAUCUAUGGAACCGGUGGUGUUGGAAAAACCCAACUUGCGCUGCACUACGCAAACACUUCACUGAAGCUCUAUGAUGUGGUGUUAUGGAUCCCAGCGGAAACACAAAUCAAACUUACCCAAGCUUUGGCGAAGUUUGCAUUGAAACUUGGUAUAUCAAAAUCAGAAGCCACGGAAGACGAUUACCAAUCAAUUCAAAAAGUGAGGGAUUGGUUGAAUGUGUCGGAGAAAGCCUUCCUUCUGAUCUUUGAUAACGUUGAGGAUCAUGAUAUUCUCGAACAGAUCUGGCCGGCUAACACCAAAGGAUCUGUCAUUAUUACGUGUCGGUCCAAGUCACUAGCCGUCAAGAGGACUACAGAAGUCAUCGAUCUUGGAUGCUUUACGGCUGAGACAGGGUUGGAUGUACUUUUUUCAUUGACUGGUCGACCACCAUUGAGCGAUGAUGAUUCUGCAGCAGCAAAGAAGCUAUGUGAUCUGCUUGGCUGUUUCCCUCUAGCGAUGGCUCAAGUCAGCGAAUUCAUAAGCGAUCGUGGCUAUUCCUAUCUCGAAUUUCUGCCGGUCUACACAAAGUCGGCCGAGAAAAUUUUUACAAGGUCUGCAGCACCAAUGCAAUAUGAGCACACCUUAAACACGGUCUGGAAUAUUUCAAUUCAGAAACUGUCGUCCGAAUCAAGAGUCUUACUGGAUGUGCUUGCCUUCUUCGAUCCGGACAUAAUCCCAGAAUGGAUACUAUCAAACGAAAAGGCCGGUAUCACCGAGCCUAAGUUGCUUUUCUUGAUGGAUGAUUUCGAGUAUGGGUUACUUCCUACACUUGAAUGUUUCUCGCUCACAUUGGACUAG